AUGGCUGUCUCUUUGGCUUCAAUGACUGCUCAACUAGUGACAAAACUGUCGCUCAAAGACGGCGAAGAGCUGGUGGAUCUCAGGAACCUCCAUCGUUCGGGCAAAGGGUUUCUGGCUCCUCAAUUUUUUCUUAUUGGAAGAUUGAAUAGUGCACAUGCUAUGAUUUUAGAUUCUUUCAGAAGUGCAAUCCGAUCCAUGUGGAGACUCUUGGUACCGGUGGACGUGCAGGCUCACGGCGACUGUUUCCUCUUUACAUUUGCAAAUGAACGUGAUCUGGGAAGGGUAAAAAAAAGGCAGUCGAUGGGGUUUUCAGAGGGCAAUGAUCAUCUCAACGAUUAUGAUGGCUUCUCCGAUAUUGUUGCUAUUCCUUUGGACUUCAUGUGGAUUUGGGAAGAGAUCCUGGGAUUGCCUCCGGGCCUGAUGAUCACUCCAAUUGCUAGGUUGAUCGACAAAACUAUUGGCCUAGUCUUGCAAGUGGAUAACCCAGGGAUCCUUCGUGGUAUUGCAUGGGUCUGGGUCACUAUUCCACUGAACGAUCCGGUUUACUUGAAGUGGCCGAUCCGAUUCUCUCCAAUAGAUAUGUUUACCCUAAGUAUUCAAUAUGAGCGAUUGCGGGGUCGCUAUCAGGACUGCUCCAUGAUUAACCAUUGUGGAGCUAGUUGCCCUCAUGAACACGAAGUGGAAGACAUAGCCGUAACAGGUGGAUUGGGUGUGCCGGACUGGCGGCCUCUGCCCUAG